AAGACAGCUAGUAUGGACAAGGCAGGCGGUGAGCCCAAGAAGGCAUAAAGGACACGGUCGGUCAGUUAACCAACAGCAAUAUCUGAGGAUCACCGCUCCGAACACGCUGCAGGGGAACGUCCUUUCAACCUACAGUCGCUUUCUCGGGUGUCUCUCGGAGGAAUAUGCUCUGUUGCUCUGUCACUUAGUUCUUUAUACAUUCCUUCCACCUUGUUCUUUUCCUUCCUCUCAUCUCAAUAUACCAAACAACGCCCCCGAGCUACCCUAAUAAUUACAGCCAGCGCGCGGUCCAAGGGCCCUCGUUGGCCUGACUGAUUCCCUGCGAAGAUGUCUUCGACAGAUUAUAACUAUGAUGAGCAGGGACAAUUUUUCCCUUUCUUCAUCCUCACUCUUUCCAGCUUAAUCACGCUUCCUCUCACAUACAGCCUCCUCAGACCGAGCAAAGGACUCGAGAACACCGCCCCGCGAAUAAAGUCCGACUUUAAGCCGCAACAUGACGACCUGAUCCAGGGACUAAAAAGAAAACGGCUACGUAAGGAGCGCCGCAUCAAGCGUAUUACCACCGUGCUGGUGGGAUAUGCUGUUAUGGCAUGGAUGAUUUACUUGAUCAUCGUCACUGCCCGGACGGGGCCGAAAAUCUGGGAUCCAUAUGAGAUUUUGGGUAUUUCAAGGAGUGCCGACGAGAGACAGAUCUCUAGACACUACAAGCGUCUUUCUCUCAUUUACCACCCGGAUAAAGUUCGACCAGACCCUGCGAAGAAUGAGACCAUCGAGACCCUCAACGAGCGCUUCGUGGAGCUCACCAAAGCUUACAAGGCACUGACGGAUGAGGAAAUUCGGAACAACUACCUCCAAUACGGUCAUCCCGAUGGAAAGCAGAGCUUUAGCAUUGGUAUCGCUCUUCCCAAGUUCAUCGUCACUGAAGGCAAUGGCAAAUAUGUCUUGCUGGCUUACGGAGGCCUUCUCGGUGUCCUGCUUCCUUACAUUGUUGGCAAGUGGUGGUACGGGUCCCAGAGGUAUACCAAGGAAAAGGUGCUUGUCGCCAGUGCUGGUAAUAUGUUCCGAGAGUACAAGGAUGAUAUCUCCGGCGGCGGUAUUCUUACGGCUCUGUCCUCGGGUGAGGAAUAUAAGGAACUGCUGAAGGGUAAAUCUGAGUCCGGGAUUUCAAAGAUCGAGAAGAAGAUUCUAGCGGGGACAUCUUUAUCGCCUGAAGACAAGGAAGCGCUCAAGCAGCUGGAUGACUUACCCCGUAGAAAAGCUCUGGCGUUGCUGUGGGCAUACCUACAGCGAGCCGAUCUAGACGAUGUGACCCUCAACGAAGAGAAGUACGCGGUCGCGCCGAUUGCGCUGACCCUGAACGAGUCUUUCACUGCUAUUUGCCUUGCUUUCGGCAACUUGAAGCCUCUGCUCGGUUCCCUCCGUAUCCCCCAGAACAUUACCCAGGCAGUUACUCCUGGUGCAUCGCCGCUCUUACAGCUUCCUUACUUCACUCCUGCCGUUGUCAAUGCGAUCCAGGGAGAAGAUGCGAAAAGCCAUAUGUCGGUACAGAAAUACAUGAAACUGUCUGAAGUUCAACGACAGGUUCUAACUGUUGGUCCGGGUCUCUUGUCUGAGGAGGAGUACGAGACCGCCAUGUCCGUUGCAAGGCAGAUACCCGCUCUCGAGGUGGUCAAGGCUUUCUUCAAGGUACAGGGCGAAAAGGUUAUCACCCCCAGCAGUCUGGUACAGUUGGUGGUGAAGGCCCGGUUUAUUCCCCCUGGCUACACGAACGUACCAGAGGUGAAUGAGCUCGAUCUGGAAGAUAUCGAUCCUGAUGAGGAUGACCUCGACGCAUUUAUGGGCCGAAGAUCUGCUAGGAACAAGACAGUCAAGCUCGCAAACGGUCAGAAGGUCGAGGCCAAGGAGGAAGUUGUCCAGCCACCACUCGCGCAUGCACCAUACCUGGCUAGAGACCACCCGCCCAGGUGGCAGGUUCUCCUAGGGGAUGCCAAGCAGGGAAAGAUGGCUGUUCCUCCUUUCACGUUCGCAACCUUUGAUAAGCCAAUAUUUGGCGAGGACGGCGAGCCUACUUUUGAGGUACAGACGAUGAAGAUGCAGUUCCAGGCACCUCCUCAGGUGGGAGAUUUCACCUUUGUUCUCCACGUCAUCAGCGACAGCUACAUUGGCUUUGACACGAAGAUGGAAAUCACACUGCACGUCGACGACCCAGCAAAGGCGGCUGCGUUGGAAGAGGAGGACGACAUUAGCGAACCCGAUGAAGAUUCCCUUGCAGGACAGAUGCAGGCUCUCAAGACGGGCCAACCACCACCAAAGAAGAAGAGACCCGCCAAUGAAUCAAGUGAAGACGAGAGUGACACGGAAGGCGACGUAGAUGAUACCAGCGAGACGGACACGGAGACUGAUACCGAUGAGGAGUAAAAUCGCAAGCGCAUAUGGAGUUAUUAUUUUUUAUUUUUGUCCCCAUUUUACCUCAUUUUCUCUUUUUGCCUCCUCCCUUCCCAUCGU